CGUCAAUACCUAAGCAUUUAUACUUGAAUCCAACAAAUAACAUCAAUAUUUAACUUUUAUACUCAUAAAAUAAAUAAUAAAAUAAUUUUUAUCAAUUAAAUUCUCUAAAAUAAAGUCAUUUUACUUAGAGAUUCGUAUAUCAAUCAUGUCGGUCAUACCGGUGGUGUCACGCCGGUUUUAUGACCGAUACCGAUUGAACCCGGUACAACCGGUUGCACGCCGGCCGGCGUGACAACCAUGCUCACCUCUCUUCCCAGUUCCCUCUACCCGAGUCUCCCUCCCAUUGAAGUUCUCGAUGCUCUUGCUCUCACAAUUUUGAAGAAUUUUUCUACAGCGAGUCUUCCAACCUCUGACAACACAGAACUCCCUUUACCCCACAAUCUAUGCCACUCUCUAAAACAGGAGAUCAAUCACGUGAUCCCUUUCUUUCCUUCUCUCCCUCAGUCCUCUCCCCAAUUCCCAAAAUUUCCCCCACUCUAACGAUCGUCUGAAACCACGCGCCAUUGCCCCCAUUCUUCUUCUGUCAAUUGUUCUUCACUGAGCUUCUUCACUGUGUCUGUGUGCGUUCUCUGGAGCUCUUCCCUGCUUCCAACGCUUCUUUCCAUUCCCCGUCACCGAUCUCCGUUUUGCCUUGUGGCGGAGGCAAUAUAGGCCCAUAGGUAUAGUAACCCAUUAAUUUUUCCUGCUUUCACUUAUGUUUGAUCGGGUUUUGCUCUAUUGGGUUUGUGAUUUGAGUUGUAAAGUCGUUGCCUUUGUCAGCUGCCGGUAGGGCUUUGGGGGUAUUUUGAGUAGGAGAUAAUUUUUUGUUCUAGUUGCUAUCGGUUUCUCUGCAUUGCACAUAAUCACAUACGUUUCAUUUUGCUGGUGUUCGUUGCUAUGUUAGCUGUCAUUGUCCUUCCGUUCUUUUCUUUCUACUUCCUUCUCUAUUUUCAUGUAGGCUGUUUAACUCACUCUUUCUCUUGUUGCAUUGGGAGCAGCUUUUGAUGCGAUUCAGUGAUGGGCUUGUGAUGAUCGUUUUUUUCUUCCACUUUCGGUUUUUUUUUACCUUUUUUCACUGUUUUUGGUGUCCCGUCGAGGGUUUUGGGUAUAUACUUUGCUGUGUAGUUGUUCUGUCAGCUACAUGACUUGUUGAGCUUGCUCAUAGACAUGUUUAUUUUCAAGCUGCAUUUCUUAUGGCGUCCCUGAUCUUCCAUGUUCAAUUUCAGAAUUUCUAGCUUUGAUUCUUUUUGGGUGAAGACUGGAUUCGCUUGGCUUGGCGGUGGUGGUUGUUUUAGUUCAUUUGGAGUUUUUCAUCUCGAUAAUGUAAGAAACUUGGCCUGGUUUAUAAUUUUUUUUCCUUCCUCUUUCACAAGGUGCAGACAAUGGGUUUCAUUUCCCGGAAGAUAGUCCCCUCUUGUGGGACGAUGUGCGUGUGUUGCCCUGCUUUGAGGUCCAGAUCUCGGCAACCUGUGAAAAGAUAUAAGAAACUGCUUGCUGAUAUCUUCCCCAAGUCUCCGGAUGCACCCCCAAAUGAGAGAAAAAUUGCAAAGUUGUGUGAAUACGCAGCCAAAAAUCCAAUUCGAAUCCCCAAGAUUGCCAAGUAUCUCGAAGAAAGAUGCUGCAAAGAACUGCGGAGUGGUCAUGCAAAGUUUAUCAAUGUUGUCAUGGAGGCUUACAAUAAGUUGCUUUGUCUUUGUAAGGAGCAGAUGGCAUAUUUUGCUGUCAGUUUGUUGAAUGUGGUCAAUGAGCUGCUAGACAGACCUAAUCAAUAUGCUUUGCUGAUUCUUGGAUGCCAGACCUUAACCAAUUUUAUCUACAGUCAGGUGGAUGGAACUUAUGCACAUAACAUUGAAAAAUAUGCUCCCAGAAUCUGUAAACUGGCACAUAAGCACGGAGAAGAAGGUAGUCCUGACAGCGUAAGGGCAUCAAGUCUCCAAUGUCUCUCGGCCAUGGUCUGGUUCAUGUCGGAGUUCUCGUAUAUCUUCCCUGCUUUGGAUGAGAUUGUGCAUUGCACUUUGGAUAACUAUGAGCUUGACUCUUGUAUUGAACAUGAUGCUGAGAGAGGUGAAUCACAUCAUAAUUGGGUGAAUGAAGUUGUUAGAAGUGAAAGAAGUACAGUUGUAGGUAAUGAUUCUAGCUCCACAGCGGUCAUCAGAGCUCGACCAGAAAAGAAAGAUCCUUCUCUUCUAACUAGGGAGGAGAUUGAGCAACCAAGAGUAUGGGCACAAAUUUGUGUUCAAAGAAUGGUAGAUCUAGCAAAAGAGAGCUCAACAAUGCGAUGUGUCUUAGAUCCAAUGUUUGUCUACUUUGAUUCUGCACAUCACUGGGCCCCACAUCAGGGGCUUGCUCUGGUAGUUUUGUCUGCCAUGUCAUAUUUUCUGGAGAGUGAAGGACACCAGCAGUCGGUGUUAUCUGCUGUAAUUCGCCAUUUAGACCACAAGAAUGUCGCCCAUGAUCCACAGCUCAAAUCUAAUGUUGUACAAGUUGCGGCUGGUCUAACUCGGCAGAUUAGAUCAGUUAAAGUUCUUGCCGAAGUUGGAUUUGUCGGUGACUUGUGUAGGCAUUUGAGGAAGAGCCUUCAGGCCUCGGCCGAGCCAAUUGGAGAUCAGGAAUUGGACCUGAAUGCCUCACUCCAGAAUUCCAUUGAAGAUUGCUUGCUUGAAAUUGCAAAGGGGAUUGCUGAUGCCCAGCCGCUACUUGAUCACAUGGCCAUGUCGCUGGAAAAACUACCAUCCUGUGGAAUUGUUGCUCGUGCAACCAUUCGAUCGUUAAUGAUUCUUGCUCAUGUGGUUUCAUUGUCUUCAGUUUCCCAACAGGCUUUCCCAGAAUCACUUCUGGUUCAGCUUUUGAAAGCAAUGUUGCAUGCAAAUGUUGAAGUGCGGGUUGAAGCACAUCAGAUAUUCACAGUUCUUCUUAUUCCAAAUUCAAACUGUUUUGGACGAGAAUCAUCUGCACGACCUAGUUACAUUUGUGAACCGAGAAGAUGGCGUUCCGGUACAGCAUCUACAUUUGCUUCGAUUUCUGCACUACUUGAAAAGCUCCGUAAAGAGAAGGAUGGUCCUGAAGUUAAUGGAGUGCAUGAUGACUGCAAAGAACGGGACACCUCAGAAGAAGAGUGGAAGUAUGGACGAGGUAGAAAGAACUCACCAAACAUUUACAAGAUUAGCUCAAUAAUUGAGAGGACUACGGGGACUCCGGGGUCGGCUGAGGCUGCUGAACCAUGUGUUUUGACGUUAAAUGAGGAUCAGAUUUCACAGUUGCUUUCUGCCUUCUGGAUGCAAGCAAGCCUUCCUGAUAACACGCCUCCGAAUCUUGAAGCCAUUGCUCAUUCUUUCACAUUGACACUUAUUUCUUCUCAAUUGAAGAACACAAAUGGAAACGUUGUGGUCCGAUUCUUUCAGCUUGCUCUCUCCCUCAGACAGUUGUCCUUGGACUCUAACAAUGGGAUAUUGCAUCCAACAUGCAGAAGAUCAGUUUUUGUCUUAGCAAUGGGCAUGCUAAUGUUCGCAGCGAAGACAUACAAAGUUCCCGAGUUGAACGACUUGCUCCAGCGAUUGAUACCUGAUGACGUUGAUCCUUAUAUGGGAAUUAGCAACGACUUUCAGAUAUAUGUGAAGCCUCAGGCAGACUUGAAAGAAUUUGGGUCCUUUGAAGAUAAUUCAUUGGCUAUAUCAGUGCUAGAUGAGCUGCAGAGCAGAAUAUCUGAAUCUAAGAUCACUAUGAUGAACAUCUUAGUUCUGAACCUAUCUAUCACUACUGAGAUGGAACCUGAUGAAGUCGCCAGGCAAUUGUCGGAACCAUUUGCUCCUGAUGACAUGUUAAUGUUUGGUCCACGAUCAGUACUUGACCACCACCGCGUGGCUUCUCAUUCCAAGGAAUCACUCUCCUUCGACGAGGAAAUUCCGAGCAAUUUGAUUGAGGAUGAUGCCACGAGUGAAGCAUCAGUCUCAGACCUGUCUCGGUUCAUCCCCAAAAUCCCUUCGUCACCUUCUGUCUCGCACAUUAUCAGCAUCGGGAAGCUAUUAGAAUCAGCUCUCGAGGUAGCUGGACAAGUAGCUGGAACAUCUGUCUCCACGUCACCCCUCUCCUACGACUUGAUGGCCAGACAAUGCGAAACUCUCGGGACAGUUACAAGAAAGAAGCUCUCGACUUGGUUGGCCCACGAGAAUCAGCAAGCUACUAAGCCAGCCGCCGACAAGUACCUCUUACCAUCCAUUGCAGCGAGCGGGGCUGCAGUACCAUGGCAGAUGUCGUGUAAGAGUGAGGUUGAUGGAGGAGAGCUGAAGCAGAAGACUCUAACGGAGCAGUAUCUGCCAAUUAAGCUGCCACCUGCAAGUCCUUUCGAUAACUUCCUCAAAGCAGCUGGAUGUUAGUAGCCCUGAUAAACCGUGUUAGCUGUACUUGUAAUUUCUUGCACCAUUUUUCUUAAUGUAGGGACGUAGAGCUUUUAGACGCAGACCAGGUUAUGUUUGUAGGAUAUAGUGACGGGUUUCACUAACCCUUUCAAACUCAUUUGUUGUCUCUAAUGUGUAUGUAAGGUAGUACUAACAGCCUUUGCCUCGUAUGGAUCUAGAUUGUUAACAAACUUGUCUUGUCAUUUAUCAAUGUAUCUAUUUUGAAGUGGAUGGAGCAAAACGCACGAAUCUCUCUUGAACUACAAUUUGAAUCGUCUUGUUUUACAUCAAUUUGAAUUAACAGGAGAGCGACAAGUAGAGUGAAAUAUUACUCUGUAAAGCAUUUGAGUCAAGUUACCUCGUUUAAGAAAUCCACCAUCCAAACAUGAUCCCUAAUGGAACAUGGAUUGCAUCAGCUGCAGCUAAAGCCAAACCACUUCCUCUUAGGAAAGUACAACAUUAGGCACAACAGUUUUGGUAGAAGGUGUAAGACACCAAGAGCAGCAGCUACAGUAACCGGAAUGGAUGUAUGUGCAAUUUGGGCAAAUGGACAAGUUCCUAUGCUCCUUUUUCAUGGGUUUUGCCUCAGUCUAUUUGGUGCUAGCUAGAGGGUUCAAACAACGUUGGUGAGUUGAGUUGAGGACACCAAAAUCAGACAUAUGUGAUCUAACUUUUAGGUACUUACCAGUUUACUUUGAAGCAUAUUCCUCUUUGGCCAUCUCUCCCUCUCCUUUUCAUUGCUGCCUUUCGACUUGAGAUGAGAGUGCUUAGCUAAGUUUAUGCAAGUGAAAUAGAACAAUUUUGGCUUCUGUCCCUUCCAACUUUAUUACAAGGGAAGAAAAACACUCUCCUUUCCCAGCUAUAUGGUGGACAUCCUGUAAAUGAAUCUUGACAAUCUGUUUGCAAGAAUGCUGGUAAAAGUUAAGGGCUUGUUUGGAUGGUGAAUGUGCCAUUUCAUGGAUUGUCAACAUUGCAUGAGAUUUGGAAUGUAAGGAAUGUGAUAGGAGUGCAGUGUACUUGUUCAUAAGAUAGAAGGUGUCUACAUUUUAUGACACAAAAAAUGUGUCACUUCCCAUCAUCUAGUGAUGGCGAUGGCGGCGGGGCGGGCGGGUAAUAUCUACACGGGUCCCGAUUGGGGUGGGUCGACCCAUCCUUAUAUAUUGCUUUAAAAAACAAUAUCGAUAUUUAACUUUUAUACAAUAACACAUUGAGAAAACACUUAAUAAAUGAACGAGAAAUAUAGUAGAAGGAAUAACUGAGUCUAAAUAGUAGAAAGAUAUAGUGUUAAAAUUUCUUUAGGAUGAAAAUAUGAUUUAAGAAAAGUCAAAAGAGGAUAAAUACAUAUUGAUGUUGAUACAAAUCAUGACUGAACGGGUCAAGAACGGAAUGAGACAGAUCGAGAGCAAUACCCAUGCCCUGUCUCACGCUACCCGCCUCAAACAGGUCGAGGUAGGUCGGGUUGCAUGGAUCAGGUCAGAAAUUGUCAUUACUAUUCUCAUCUGCAGAAAAAUAAAGAGCAUUCCAUCAU